GCAGCCCUCGCUGGCAAGGGACACGCGCACACACACACACACAAGCAAACACACACAGAAGCUACGCGCCAAGCCACCCCCAAAGGACAGGACCGUGUGGACAGGGCAAGCAAGUGGCAGCAAGGGUGAGCAGGACUAAGUGAGGGGGUAUUUCAUGCAAACACUUCACACAGAGAGGUGACUGGGCCGUUACGGAGAGUCAAAACACGAGAGAGAACAAGGACAACGCUGAAUCUUCAGUGGAGCGACUUGGGAAGCACUGAGACACAAGAGAGAAUCAAACUGAGAAGCAGACAGCAGUCAGCGGCUGAAGACGUUUUGGAAAGGUGCUGUGAUCGCCUCAGCUGGAAGGAUCAGACCACACAAACGGCUUUAUUCAUUUAUUCACCGUUUGGAUCCAGUCUGGAGAGCCACUAAUUGCUAGGCCCACCGGACCAGUGAACAUAGCGGACCAGCAGACCACAGCGUCUGAUAACAAGGGUCAGAGGUCGCCAUCCUCAGAAGAGUCUCACAGACAGGAGGGUCAAUCUCCCUCUCGAACCCCUGGAGGAAACCGUGAAGGGCGCCUUUUGGCAAGUCUGAAGCACAGCGGAAAGAGAGAGCAAGAGAAGAGAGUGACAGAGAAGGAGAGAGAGAGAGAGCACAUUUAAGUCUCCAGGAUUGGCAUGCCACACAAGAGGAGCUGAAGGUGUGUGUGUGUGUGUGUGUGUGCUUGAGUGAUAACACACUGCAUUCCCGAGACCUGAACCCAUUCAACGAGAGCGGAGCAGACGGCAUUCCCAGUCAUUGAAGGACAGAGGAAGAGUGAUACAGAGCUUGACAGAAUUCCUGAGGCCUGACCCAGUCACCGAUAGAGACGAUUUGUAGUGAAAGUCAUGGAUGUGUUUGGUGGAGCCCCCCGUGUUUUGGGGUACCCUCGCCCCGUGCUGGUGCGUAGCGGUAUGGAUGCCCUACUGCGUUGCCAGAUCGGCGGGGACCCCCAGCCCGAUGUGACGUGGGAGCGCAAGAACGUGCCAAUCCUGUCGGAGGGCCGCUACAGCGUGUCGCAGGAAGGGAAAAGCUACUUCCUGCGCAUCUCCUGCGUUACCGCGGAUGACGCCGGCCAGUACAUCUGCAAGGCACGGAACAGCAUCGGCGAGACUGUUGCCGCGGCAGCUCUCAGGGUCGAACACGAGGCCCAGGAGGUCAUGGUGGCGCCGCCGCCACCCAAGCAGACGGAACAACAACAACAAACAGAACAACAACAACAACAACGACCACAGUCAGAACAACAGCCACAAGAAGAACCACGAAAACAACCAAUGAUGAAUGGCAGCAUAGAUCCCAAUGAGCAGCUCAACCAGGACCUGAAGACAACCCCACAGCAGCAGCAGCAGCAGGAGGAAUCCCAGAACCACCAAUCCCAGAACCAGAACCAGUCUCAGUCUCAGUCUCAGUCCCAGCAGUCCAAGUCGUCCCAGUACCAGCAGAAUGAGGAGGAAUGGGAGAACCGUGAUCGGCCUCGGUUCCUGAUCAAACCACUCUCGCUGCGCGUGGACCGUGGAGAAGACGCUGCCUUCUCCUGUAAGCUGACGGGGAACCCUAUGCCUGAGGUGGUCUGGGAGAAGGACGGCAAGAGACUCAAGGAAAUCUUUGAGAACUCACACUACAAGGUGAACACGCAGGAUGGUGGCUGGUACCAGCUGAAGGUGUUCCGCACGCGCGCCCCCGACGCAGGUGUGUACACCUGUCGGGCGUACAACGAGCACGGGGACUCGGUGGCAGGGGCUGUGCUGUUGGUGGAGAAGGUUCCCGAGAUACAUCAUGAGUCCAGAAAGUCGAUGUCUAAUGGCUACGCUAACGGCUACGCUACCCCCACCCCGGGCUCCUCCUCCUCGUCUCAUCACGGUAAGGACCGCUACGGCAUGAGCCACAUGGCCAAGCAGUGCCACGACCCGCCCGUGACUGUCUCCAAGGCCAAGAAGUUUGCCGUCACCGAGGGCAAGCACGCCAAGUUCCGCUGCUACGUGACGGGCAAGCCCAAGCCGGAGAUCGUGUGGAAGAAGGACGGUGUGAUUCUGGACGAGGGCCGACGGCACAUGAUGUUCGAGGACCGCGAGGGCUACUACACACUCAAGGUGCUCUACUGCAAGCAGCAGGACUCGGGACUCUACGUGUGCGCCGCCUCCAACACGCUCGGGAACACGCUCAGUGCCGUUCAGCUGUCUGUCAAAGGUCCGCCGGUUCGCUUUAAGCGUGGUCUGCGGGACAUAGAGGUGCGGGAACGAGAUGUGGCCGUCCUGGAGUGCGAGGUUCCGGAAGAGUCCAUUCCCACAUGCUGGUUCCUGGAGGACCACAAACUACAGGCGAACGCCAAGUACGAUAUGGAGCAAAAGGGGACUCGGCGCCGCCUCACCAUCCACGAUGUGGGCGCUGACGAUGACGGAGUCUAUCUGUGCGAGAUGGCAGACGGCGGAAAGAGCAUCGCAGAACUCACUGUUAAAGGCACCAUCGUGCGUAAGAUGCCCAGGAAGCUGGAGGUGAUGGAGGGGGAGAACGCUGCCUUCUGCGUGGAGGUGAACCAGGACGACAUGGAGGUCUUCUGGUACAAAGACGGCCACCAGCUGCGGGAAAGCCACCAGACCAUCAUCAAGUCCUUCGGCAAGACCCACAUCCUGGUGUUCGUCAACACUUCUUACCACGACGCGGGGACCAUCACGUUUGUGGCGGGACGGUCUAAAAACUGUGCUCGCCUCAAAGUCAAAGCUGCCCGCCAUUGCCCUCCUCCGUGCCCGGUUGGCAUUAAGAUGGAAACCCACAUGGCCAACGGGGCCCUGCUGUCCUGGGAGCCGGCGCCCCACAUGCAGACGGGCACCAAGACGGUGUACGUGCUGGAGAGACAGGAAGUGGGCUCCCAGGAGUGGAGGAAGUGCCUCAGCACGGAGACGGCCACCUCCGUGGAGGUCCUGGGAGACAGCGUGCCCUGCGAGGGAGACUACAGGUUCAGGGUGUGCUGUGUCAACAAGUAUGGACGCAGUGGACACGUGGAGUUCCCCAAAGUGCUCAGACUCAUUCCCGGUCCAAAGAUCAAGACCCCUCUGCAGCCGGUGACCGUAUCGGACGGUGACGAAGCGGUGUUCUCCAUCGAGCUGUCGGCCACCAUGGUGGGCACCUGGUUCCUGAACAGCACCCAGCUGCAGGACGGACCGGGCUUCAUCAUCCGCCAGAACCAGCACCAGCACCAGCUGCACAUGCUGGCGGUCCGGGAGCUGUACAGCGGCGCCGAGAUCACCUUCAUCGCCAGCGGAGUGCGGGACUCCACACACCUGCACGUCAACCCUCGUGAGGUGAAGUUCACCCCCCUGCCUGAGCAGGACACGGCCAAGAAGGUAGAGGUAGGAGACGCCAUAGUGCUGUACUGUGAGGUGUCCCACCCCUCCGCCAUCGUCCAAUGGAUGAAGAACGGGGUGGAGCUGCAGGUGACGGAUGGCCUGACUGUCCAAUCAGAGGGCAACAUGAGGAGGAUCGUCAUCCAGGAGGCGGACUGGGCCCAUGCAGGGGAGUACAGCUGCAACGUCAAGGGGGAUGCCAUCAAGUUCAACGUGGAGGUGGAAGCUGGGAGAGCCACGUUUUCGCCCGUGCCCGAGGACUUGAAGAGCAGGAGCGCGGAGGAGGGAGAGGAGGUGGUGCUGCACUGUAACGUGUCCGACCCCAACGCGGAUGUCACCUGGCUGAAGGACGGCAAGCCUGUGGAGGGGGUGGAGCUACAGGCCGAGGGCAGGCGGCGCACCUUGGUCAUCAAGGCGGCCAGUCACCUGCACGCCGGGACGUACACCUGUCAGUCCAAUGACGAUGUCAGUGUGUUUCAGGUGGACGUCACAGGUCCCCCUGUGUCCUUCAAGCAGCUGUCAGAGGAUGACCUCCAGAAGUCCUCCAUGGAACUGGACCCUGUGGUGCUCUACUGCGAGGUGUCCCGGCCCGACGCCCUCGCCCACUGGACAAAGGAUGGUGUGGAGGUGGAGGACAGUGACAACAUCAAGAUCCAAUCAGAGGGCGAGAUGAGGAGGCUCAUCAUACGCUCCGCGGCGAUGUCGGACGCUGGCACAUACACGUGUCAUGCUGGGGACAACAGCAUGUCAUUUACAGUUGAUAUCAAAGAGCCCCCAGUGAUGAUCGUGGACCCCAAGGAUGAUGUGGCGAUGGACAGGCACCUGGGUGAAGAGAUUGUGCUGAACUGCGAGCUGUCUCGUUCCAGCGGGGGGGCCCAGUGGUUCAAGGACGGCCUGGAGGUGCUGGAGACGGAUGAGAAUGUGAUCAUGACAUCAGAGGGACCCUACAGGAGGCUGACCAUCAAGAAUGCCACCGCGGAAGACUCCGGGGAGUAUGUCUGUGACACAGGCGGAGAUUCAGUCUUCUUCCAGCUCAAUGUAGCAGAGCCCCCGGUGCGUAUCGUCUCCCCGCGCGAGGACGAGGUGGAGUGUGUGUGGCAGGCGGGCGAGGAGGUGGAGCUGGUGUGUGAGCUCAGCCGAGCGGACGGCCAGGUCAUGUGGUUCCGAGACGGCCUGGAGGUGGAUGAGGCCGACGGGCUCACCCUGGUCGCCGACGGCGCCCACAGGAAGUUGAUCAUCCCCGCUUCCUGCUCGGAGGACACGGGGGAGUACAUAUGCGAGACGUCCGACGACCAGGUCACCUUCAUGCUGAUCGUAGAGGAGCCCCAAGUCCAGCUGGUCGUGCCCCCCACAAUGAAGACUUCUUUGGAGCCGGUGUCUGGCGAGCCCCUGGUCCUGGAGUGCGAGGUCUCCCGUGACAACGCGGAGGUGCGCUGGCUAAAGGACGGGGUGGAGGUGGAGCUCGAUGACAAUGUCACUGUGACAACUGAUGGCCUGGUCCGCAGGCUCACCAUCCACUCGCCCUCUAAGGCCCACUCGGGGAAGUACACCUGCAACACCAAGGACGCCGCCAUAGACUUCACUGUCAAUGUCAAAGAGCCGCCAGUGUUGAUCCUGCGUAAGUCAGAGAUAGAGACAGAUCGCCAGUGUGAGGUGGGAGAGGACGUGGAGCUGGAGUGUGAGCUCUCCAGAGCCGAAGGGAAGGCCUGCUGGUACAAGGACGGAGAACGCCUGGAGCAGAACGAACGCUUCUGCAUCGAGGAAGAAGGGACCUUUAGAACCCUCAUCAUCCUCAACGCAGACCAGGAGGACGCCGGCGAGUACUUCCUGGAUGCCUUGGACGAUACCAUCACCUUCAAUGUCAAAGUGCAAGAGCCCCCUGUCACCAUCGUGGGUAACUCUGACGAGCUGGAGCACCAGGACAUGGCGCUGGGCGAUCAGCUGAUCCUAGCCAUCGAGGUGUCGCGACCCAACGCCCCCGUGGAUUGGUACUGCAACGACCGGAAGCUCGUGGAGGACGAGCGCACGCAUAUCGAGUGCUACGGAACACUCCGGAAGCUCAUCAUCAACGACAUGAGCCCCAGCGACUCAGGGAAAUACAUGUGUGACGCGGGCACGGAUAAGAUGGUGACCACUGUCAAAGUACAAGAGCCCCCAGUGACCAUCGUGAAUAAGCAGGCGGUGAACAAGGUGACGGGUUACGAGGCCGAGUCGGUGACUUUCGAGGUCUACAUCUCCCGCGAGAAGCCUGUGGUCAGGUGGAUGAAGGACUGGACCCCCGUCAAUAACGAGCGCUUCCGCAUGGGCUACGAGGGCACGCGCCACUACCUGGUCAUAGACCCCCUGCGCAGGUCAGACAGCGGCGAGUACACCUGUGACGUGGGCAACGACGAGAUGCAGUUCAGCCUGCUCGUCAAAGAGAUGCGUAUUAAAUUCCUGCGGCCAAUGACAAACUCGGUGGGGUACCAGGAUGGCAUGGUGACCCUCAGCUGCCAGGUGUGUAAGCCCAAGGCGGACGUGAUGUGGGUGAAGGACGGUCUGGAGGUGGUGCCCAGCCGCCGCUUCUCCAUCCGGGCCAACGACACUGAGCGCUCCCUCACCAUCCACCGCCUCACCCGCGAGGACGCCGGGGAGUACCGCUGCGAAUCCAGGGACGACUUCACUACCGCAUACCUCAGAGUGGAGAUGCCUCGUGUGGUCGAGUUCCUGACGGAGCUCCACAACACCACGGUGUUGGAGGGAGAGGACGCCACCUUCAAGUGUGUGGUGUCGCCGGAGGACGUGGAGGUGGUGUGGCUGAUGGACAACGAGCCCAUCCCCCAGGACGACCGCUUCGUCACCUCGCACAACGGCCUCUGUCACACGCUGCUCAUUCGCAAGUGCCAGAUGCUGGACGCCUCGCGCAUUACCGCCGAGGCCGAGGGGGUCACCUCGAAAGCCACUCUCAAAAUACAAGAGGCCCAGAUCCUGUUCACCAAGCGCAUGGAGCCGGUGGAAGGGGAGGAGUUUGGGGAGGCCACCUUGGAGACAGAGAUCUCCUUGGAGACGGGCGAGGUGCAGUGGAUACGGCAGGGCGUGGUCAUCCAAUCAGGGCCCCACUACACGCUCUCCUCCGUGGGCUGCAAGCGAAGGCUCACCAUACACAACCUCACGCUGUCCGACCGCGGGACGUACCGCUGUGAAACCCUGCACGACCGCACGCAGGUCAAACUCAACGUGGAGCAGCGUAAGGUGUUCCUGCGUAAGAGCCUGAAGGACGUGGACACUUUCGAGCGCGAGACGGCGUCGUUCGAGGUGGAGUUGUCGCACGCGGACGUGGAGGGCUCGUGGCAGAAGGACGGCCUGCGCAUCAAGCCCAGCACCACCUGGCGCGUCAGCAGGAACGGCUGUGUGCACGGACUCACCAUGUCCCUCCUCACCCUCGAGGACACCGGCACCAUCGUCUUCUCCUCCGAGGGACUCAGGACGUCCGCUCGCCUACAGGUCAACGAGACCCCAGUGUCCAUCAUAAAGAAGCUAUUAGAUCUGAAGGUCGAGGAGGGAUCCCAGGUGACAUUUGAGUGCGAGCUGUCCAGACCAAACGCAGACACCAAAUGGUUCAAGGGUGAUGUGGAAUUGAAGGCGGAUAAGAACCACCGUAUCUACUCCAUGGGCCGCAAGCGCUUCCUGCAGAUCCUGGAAACCCAGACGAGCCAAUCGGGGGCCUACACCUGCCAGAUAGGAAAUCUGAGCACCUCCUGCAACCUCACUGUCUACGAGCAUGCGCUGGAGAUCGUUCAGCGCCUAGAGGACCUGUACCUGCAAGAGGAUCAGAAUGCUGUCUUCAUGUGUGAGCUCUCGAUAGAAGAGGUGCCAGGUGAAUGGUACAAGGACGGCCACAAACUCAAGCCCACCAGCUCCAUCAAGAUACGACGAGAAGGAACGAAGCAUUUCCUGCUGAUGUGUAACGUGACUGUGGAGGACGCUGGAGAGAUCAAGUUUGUUGCUAGGGAGGUGGAGUCAAGCGCAUAUCUGGAAGUGCAGGACCGCCCCGCCUCCAUCGUCAAGCCUCUCCGCGACCGCACGGCGCUGCAGCGUCACCGCGUCAUCCUGGAGUGCACGGUGUCGUCGCCACGCUGCGAGGUCACCUGGUACCGCGGCAAAUCGGAGCUCUGGUCCACGGAGCGCAUGGAGAUCAGCAGCGAGGGCUGCAGCCAUAAGCUCAUCAUAAACCAGGUGGAGCUCGAGGACGAGGGCAUGUACAGCGUCAUGGUCGGAGAGCACACCUCUACUGCCAAACUCAUGGUGGAGGGUCAGUCCAUCCUGCUGGUCAGGGAGCUGGAGGACAUUGAGGUGAGUUCGGGAGAGCCGGCCUGUUUCGAGUGCGAGCUGUCGGCGCCUCUGAUGCGCGCGGCGGCAUGGACGCUGAACGGGGAGACGCUACAGAGCGGCCGAGACAUCCGCAUAGACAUCCAGGGAGCCGUGCACAGACUCACCUUCAUGACCACCAACACAGAGAUGAACGGAUCUGUCAAAUUCACCAUCGGCAAGGCCAGGAGCUGCGCACGGCUGACUGUUAAUUAGAGACUGCAGGACACGCGUGCUCAUACGCAUACACAUACAUACAUACAUACAUACACAUACACAUACACAUACACAUACACAAACACACGCACGUACGCACAUGUGCACACGCACACACCAAACAUGCACACACAUGCGCACACACCCACACACACACACACACACACACAUGCACGCACAUUGAAACACAGACAAAUACUGAAAAGUGAUAUGAGUAAGUGUGAUUUGGCAAAUAUUGUUGGUAGGGGACAUUUGAUUGAUGUAAUAGUUUAUCAGAGCAGCUUCCCCAUUGGUGGAAAAAUCGGAAUUAUGAAGGGAAUGGUGUGUGUGUGUGUAUUUCAUGUAGUGGAGUUUGCCAGCUUCUCUAAAACUGUAAGUGAGUUGAUUAGAAUGGACAAGAUGGAAAAUUAAAGGGAGAAAUGUGAUCAAGUGGGCGGUUGAAUGAAUUAGCAGAGGAUGCGGUAUUGCAGAGUGCAAAGUGUUGAGGUCAUGAGAAUUGAUGGGAGAGGGGGUUGGUGAUUGAGUGAUGGGUUUCAACGCUGUAGGAAUCAGUAGGAGUGCGUAGGCCUGAGUUGGCAAUUUGUGGCGUAAUGAAUUUGAAUUACCGAGUAAUUCAUGUAACGGAGAGAGUGGUGUGUUAUAAAUUAUUUUACAUGCAUAAGAAAUUGUAAGUGCAUUUUUUGAAACGAUGUAUCUUUUUUAUUGAGCACUUUUUAUAAUAGUGAAAGGAAGUCAAAAAUGCACAUUGAAGAGGAGGACUUACUGGGUAACAGAGAAGAUAAUUUAUUAGGUUAUGGCAGGUGCACUGUAGUGUCUACUGGGAAAGGAAGUAGUUCCAUAAUAUGUUCUAGAAUGUUUGCUUUCAUUCUGGAAUGAAUGAAUGGGGCCUUUCUGGAAUGGAUGACAUGAAUGAAGUCAGUUCUGUUUUCACUCUGUUCUAAAUGCCAGAAUGAAAUAAAAUACAUGAUUGAAAA